AUGUCAGUGAUGAGAAAUCACACAGUAAUAACAAGUUUCAUAUUGCUGGGCCUGACCAAUGACUCACAACUACAAGUUCUGCUUUUUAUCUUUCUGUUUCUCACCUACGUGUUGAGUGUAACUGGAAAUCUGACUAUUAUCAUCCUCACAAUGGUGGAUCCCCAUCUUAAAAUUCCUAUGUACUUUUUCCUUAGAAAUUUUUCUAUCUUAGAAGUUUCAUUUACCACCGUCUGUAUUCCUAGAUUCUUAUACAGCUUAUCAACAGGAGAUGAUACCAUCACGUACAAUGCUUGUGCAUGUCAAAUAUUCUUUGUUAUUCUCUUUGGAGCAACUGAAUUUUUUCUCCUGGCAGCCAUGUCCUACGAUCGUUAUGUGGCCAUCUGUAAACCUCUUCACUAUAUGACCAUCAUGAACAACAGAGUGUGUAUGUUAUUAGUUUUGUCUUGUUGGGUAUCUGGUUUGAUGAUUAUCAUCCCACCUCUUAGCUUGGGCCUCCAGCUUGAAUUCUGUGACUCCAAUGCCAUUGAUCAUUUUAGCUGUGAUGCAAGUCCUCUCUUAAAGAUCUCAUGCUCAGACACAUGGGUAAUUGAACAGAUGAUUAUCCUUGUAGCAGUAUUUGCACUAAUUGUUACAUUACUCUGUGUGAUUCUGUCCUACACUUACAUCAUCAGGACAAUAGUGAGAUUCCCCUCUGCCCGGCAAAGAAAAAAGGCCUUUUCUACCUGCUCCUCCCACAUGAUUGUGGUUUCCAUGACCUAUGGCAGCUGCAUCUUCAUCUACCUCAAACCAUCAGCAAAAGAAGAGGUGGCCAUCAAUAAAGGAGUUUCACUUCUGGAGACUUCUGUUGCACCCUUGUUAAAUCCCUUCAUUUACACCUUGAGGAACAAGCAAGUGAAACAAGCUUUCAGUGACUCUAUAAAAAGAUUACAUUUCUUUCAAGGAAGGUAA